AUGACCUGCGGCUGCGGGAAAGCGGAUAGCCACGCCCACGCGGCGGCGCCUCCUGAUGGCGCUGCUCGGCGUGCGGCGCAGACCUUGUGCGUCACAGAUCUUGUGCGUCACGGCGCGCGCGCGUUCCGGGGCGGGGCCUGCUGCGGGGCGGGGCCUGCUGCGGGGCGGGGCCUGCUGCGGGGCGGGGCCUGCUGCGGGGCGGGGGCUGACGGGGGCCAGCGCGUGGAAGGGGAAGAGCCGUGUGGACUUCGGGGAAGCGGCCACCCGCGCCGGGCAGAGGUAUCUGACCGGGGUCCAGCCCCAGCGUGGGGCCCUGAUGUCCACUGCUGUGUACAAACCGAGCGUGCUGAGCCAGGAACCUGCUGUGACCUCGGCUGUGUGACCUCAUCCACUGGGACCUCUCACACGCACUGUCUGACCGCCGGGCCUCAGUUUUCUGGUCUCCGGAAUGGAGAUGCCGAUAUUAAGCGUAUACUCUGUGCGCAUCAGCAGACGCAGGCUGAGUCUAAGCUCGUACCGCUCGCCGCACAACAGGCCGAUAAUAGAGAGCGACCGGUAGCUGCCAACGGCCAGUGGCUCUCACGGCCCCUCUGCCACCUCGGGGUGUUUACUUUCAAAGUAGAAGAGCCGAUGCUAUUGAAGGCCCACAGCCUCCUCACUUCAGACGUGAGAGUCGGGAAGCAACCAGGGCCUGGGGACUGCAAGCAUGCGGCACGGGGGCUCCCCGAGGCAGAAGCGCAGGAGCCUGGCUCGGUGUGGCCCAGCGUGGCUUGGCAUGGCCCAGCGUGUGGCGCGGCGUGGCCCGGCGUGGCCUGGGGCUUCUCCCGCGAGGCGCUGUGUGCAGACAGUGGCUCCCGGUCUGUUGGAGGCCAGGGGUCGGGGUCCCCAGCAGGAGGCUCCAGAUCCCCCGCCCGCCCCCUGCCCCGUCCCCAGAGGCCAGAGCUGAGUGGGGGCCCCAGGGCGCAUCUUUAGUUUUCUCCCCCUGGGUGUGGCAGCUCUGGCCGGUACCCUCACCGGGUGCCAAGUAUGACCUCAGCAUCCCCUGUGCUCCUCCUUCAUCCAAACACCAGUCCCCCUCCCCGCCCCCCGCCACCGCUGCCCCUCCAGACACAAAACUUCUCAGAGGGGAUGCUCCCUCCGGGUCCCCCUGCACUCUCCCCACCAUGGGAUCCGCUCCCGUUGGGGGUCCCAGCAGCCCCCGCGCCAGGCCCCCCAGGGUGGUCCUCGCCGUCCUCCGAGAAGGCAUCUGCAGUGGCCACCCCAGCUCGGGGCUGUUCCGGGAGUCUGUCCUCUCUGCCCGGCCUUGAGUUUCCCGCUGAAUUUCAAGAGACAACAGACAUCCAGGGGAAAACGGAGGGGCGAGCAGGUACCGGCCUCUGGAUGAGAGCGGUGGACACGGCUGGAGGCCGGCAGAGGGAGGGGCUGAUGCCCACCCGGCAGUGGGGCGUGGGGGUCACAGCCGGCCUCCC